AUGGUAGGACCUAAUGGUGGGAGUGGCUUUGGCUGGAAUGAUGCCAAAAAAAUGAUAGAUGUUGAAAGGGUAAUCUUCGACGACUGGGCAAAGACACACCCCAGUGCUAAAGGACUUUUCAACAAGCCAUUCCCACACUAUGAUGCUUUGGGAUCAAUAUUCGGUAAGGAUGUGGCCACAGGAGGUUCUGCGGUGGGCGCACAAGAUGCUGUGAACGACUUAGAACGAGAGACAACUUGUUAUGAUGAUAGUGGGACCCCAUUCGAGGAAUAUCUAGACCUGACUGGGGACUAUAUCCCAAGUCCACUUGAUGAACCUCCCGUGCCUGAUAUUCCUACAGAAGAGGCUGUGCCCCAAUCUCCCGUGUCAAUUGUUACGGGAAAAAAGGGUAAGAAAAGGACAAGGACUGAGGAUCCUUUGGUUGAUGUCAUGAAAGAUCUUAGUGACACAUACCGAAAAUCUACCAACAGCAUUGAUAAGUUGGUGUCCUGCUUUCAACAUCAAGCUGAUGGAAGCAGCAGCAGGAUGUCAAUUAUGGAUGAGCUGAAAAAAUUUGAUGAACUCACUGAUCCUCAAAUGGUUCAUAUAGCUUUGCAGUUGAGCAGGGACAGUACUAUGACCGAUGUGUUCAUGCAAUGCAAUGAUGGCCAACGAAAGUGCUUGUUGGCUGGGCUGUUGGCUAACUUUCAAUGA